AUGGCUUCGUAUAUGAAUAAAGCUGAAGUAGAGGCCCAUGCCGAAGAAUUAUCUAUUUUUGAACUUCCACGUACAUUCACUUCGGUGGAAAAAAUCUAUUAUGAGGACACGAGACCCACAUCUCAGAUCACCACGGAAAACAGUCCUGUGGAGUUUAACGUGUAUGGACAAGGCAUCGAUUACAUCGACCUGCAACGUACCAAACUACACGUGAAAGCCAAAAUUACCAAAGCCGAUGGCAGCAUCUUGACAAAAGAUGAAAAGGUGGGACCCGUCAAUCUAUGGCUCCAGAGUUUGUGGUCUCAAGUGGACCUGACCCUCAAUGGAAAACUCAUCACUACCUCGACCAAUCUGUAUCCAUACAAGAGCUAUCUUAAAGUGUUGUUGAAUGGUACGUCCACAGCUAAGGAAUCGUCUCUGCAAUCCCAACUGUACUACAAAGAUGAUGCACAAGACAUAGACAGCUCAGAUCCUAUAACAGGCAUCAAUUCGGGACUUGCUAACAGAGGUGCUUUAUGUGAAACCAGUCACACCGUGGAUAUGGAAGGACCGCUGUACGAAGACUUUUUCGACAUCAAACGUUAUCUCAUCAAUGGCGUCAAUCUACAGAUCAAACUGUUUCGGACCAGGCCUUCCUUCAGUUUGUUGGCAGGAGAAGAUAAUCCUGAUUACAAAGUCAAGAUCGAAGACGUAUACCUCAGAAUCUGCAAAGUGCGACCCAAUACGGCCAUCAUCACGGCCCAUGCCAAAACACUGCAGGACACUGAAGCCAAAUAUCCUUUCACAAGGAGCGACAUCAAAGUGGCCUCCAUACCCAAGGGACAACUGAGUUUCACCUGGGAUCUGGGAUCACCGUUUCAAAAUAAAUGUCCCAACAAAGUCGUGGUGGCGCUGAUCUCUGCCGAAGCAGUGAAUGGCAGUUACACCAAAAAUCCAUUCAAUUUUGCCAUGUACGAUCUGGACACGAUUGCCUUGUACGUGAAUGGUGAAUCCUUACCGGCUCAACCUCUGCACGUAGGCAAUAAUCAGUACAUCUCGGCCUACAACAACUUGUUUGAAGGAAGAGAAUCCAUAGGACUGGACGUGUCUAGAGAGGAUUUCUCAAGUGGAUAUGCUCUGUAUCAAUUCACCUUGGAACCUUACCACUUGAAGGACGGAUACCUGGAUCUUAUAAAAAGGGGUAAUCUUAGACUGGACUUACAGUUUAAAAAAGCCUUGCCAGAAACGGUCAACUGUUUGAUCUACUCGGAAGACAACCUUCUGCUUCAAAUCGACGGAGCCAGGAACGUCUUGUAUGCAGAACCAUGA